UAUGGCUCACGAUCGAGAAAGCAACAAAAAUAUUGUUUUUUUUUAAAUUACUUAUAAUACAUUUUCAUGAGUCUAUAAUUAAUUAUAUUUAUAAAAAAAACUCGAUCACGAGUUUGAAAAUACAAAACGAUAUUUAUCAAAAUAAACUGUAAAAAGAAAUUAAAAUGCAGAGCUUAACAAAUUGCAUGCAGCGGUUGUUGGGAAAACAAUUGCUCCAGCCAAAUUUAGUUGCUUUGACACAAACUGCAAAUUUUGAAAAACAUUCAUCCUUUGAGGAUUAUAAUAAUAAAUUUUAUCCAAUUCAAGCUCACGAUGAAGAACGAAGACCCGCAUUUGUUUGUCACGUGGAGAAAAACGUGAAAUACAGUCCUAAGAAUAUGUGGUAUGUAGCAAAUUUAAUUCGAGGAAUGACAAUUGAUGAUGCAAUCGAUCAAAUCAGUUUUGUAUUAAAAAAAGGUGGUGCAAUUGUAAAAGAAGCUCUGCUGGCAGCUCAAAAAAAGGCCGUUGAAGAACAUAAUGUUGAGUUUAAGAGUAACUUGUGGGUUUCGGAAUCAUUUUGUAACAAAGGAAUAGUUAUAAAAGGAAUAAGAAAACAUGCAAAACAACGAGUAGGAGAAGUUAGAUAUACUUAUUGUCAUUAUUACCUCACUCUUGAGGAAGGGAAACCACCAAAACACUAUUAUCAUUAUAAAUCACCAAAAUCCAAAGAAGAAUUACUGCAAAAUUAUAAAGAAAAACUACGAAUGCGUAGAGUCAUUAACAGUUUGUAAUUGGAGAAAUAUAAAGGUUUUUUUUUUAAUUUUUAGUUGCAUAGAUA